AUGACAAUGAUUCUAACAACGAUUCCGACGACGACCAAGGAGGGAAGCAGUAAUAAAAGAAAAAGUGAAAAUAGUCAAGAUCUUCUUUCAAAAAUUAUGCUUCUCCAAAAUCAAAUUGAUGCUCUGAAUAAAGAAAAUGAGACUUUGAAUAAGAGAAUUGAAAAUUUAGAAGGGAAUAGAGAAAUUCUGAUGGAUGAACCAGUGAAUAAUGCUGCAAAUCAACCUGAUACUGCAAUGGAGAAACAAACAGAGAAUCCAUCUGAUGACUUUGAUGUAGCUGACAAUCUAGCUUUGAAUAGUGAUGAGACUAUUAAUCAACCUGUGGUUAAUGAUGACAAUAUCAAUCAAUCUCCAGCUAAUAAUGUUGCGAAUCAAGCUGUAGAAAAUAAUUAUAACCCUCUUGUUAAAUUCGCACGCAAUUCUGGGAAAUUACCAAGUCCAUAUGUUUAA